GCUUUACAUUUCCGCAUCGCCUGGAUGGGUUCGCUUUGUACCAUCCACGAACACGUGCAGCCGCGCAAACCCAGCCGCGCCGCUCUGAAACACGGUCAGCCUUGACUGCACGAUGCAAACACGCGACACCUGACGGGAGUGUUGCACCGGAUCUUGUCAGCCCUGCACAGGGGACUGCCGCGCCAACACGACGACGCCCGAACGCCUACCUCUUUGCGCCUUGCGCGUUCGCCCAUGACUCGUCUCUGAGUCGCGCUCGCGAACUUUUCGCACUACGUCUGGAGCCUCACUUCGUCUCAGACGUAACGGAGGAGAACGAAUCUUCACACCAAUUGCGACUAGACGUGCCCAGGGAGCUGCUCUGCCCAAUAUUUCGCCAUGGCAGCACUCACGGAGGCUCAGGUCGAGCUGGCGAAUUCCCUCACCCAGGAUGAGCUCCCGACCAAACUGCGAUGCGCCGUGUGUAGCAAGCUGGCGAUUAAUGCGUAUCGUCUACCGUGCUGCGAGACUGCCAUCUGCGAGACUUGCCAAGCGACGCUGCCAUCCUCCUGUCCUGUCUGCGAGCAUUCUCCCGUCUCCGGCGCCGACUGCACGGUGUACAAGUCGCUACGAACCACGAUUCGGGUCUUCCUCAAGACCGAAGAGAAGAAGCGCGAAGCCUCCCGACCAAAACCAUCCGACUCGGCCCCAGCGACCCCUGUGGAGAACGCACCACCGGCUCUAGCAGCGCAACCAGCAACCGACGAUGCAGCCCAUGGUGCGACUGCUAAACAGUCCCAACAAACAGCCAUCUCAGACGAUACGGGAACAGCUGUCCCGGCACCACCGUCGGGCGAGCAAGUACUCGGUGAUCCCGCUCAACCCGCCGACGGGCGACCGCAGGAGGUGAGGGGAGCAACUCUAAACGACUUGUCUUCUUGCGCGUCUAACGAGAUCUCCAAGGGUGACGCGACCGUCGCACGAAUCGAUGCGGACGGCAAACCGACCGAUCAAGAUUUGGCCGAGACUACGGAAUUCACCCCGGAAGGUGGUGAUGCUGUGGCCGGCGACGACGCGGACGAGGUUACCGAAGCUGCCGAUGAUGACCAAAACGGUUACCAAGAGAACGGCAUGGGCUAUAGUUCUGGGCCAUCGGGCGGCAACUUCAAUGGCAUGAAUUUCGCUGGUGCAGACAUGAACCAGAUGCAGAUGAUGAUGGCCAUGCAGAACGGCAUGAACCCGGCAGCGUUUGGCUCAUUCUCGAUGCCAGGCAUGGAUAUGAACAUGAACCCGAUGAUGAUGCCAAACAUGUUUAUGAACGGUGGCUUCGGAGCGCAAGGUAUGGGCAUGAACGGCAUGAACAUGAACAUGGGCAUGAACGGGUUCAGCGGUGGCGGCAAUGACUGGAACGGACAGCAAUCAUGGAACGUCGGCCAAGAUAAUUUCAAUCCAAAUGCUCCUGGCAUGGGAAAUGGUGAUUUUGGCAAUUUUAACUCAGGAAACUAUGCUGGUUAUGGCCAUCACACUCAGUACAAUGAUUACAACCGAGGCGGCUACGGAUUCCGGGGUCGUGGACGCGGCCGAGGUCGCGGUUUCUACGGCGGCUAUGGCCGCGGCUACCACAACGGCUACAACAACGCCCCCUCUAGCUGGGCACAGCAGAAUGGACAGUACUACAACCAGGGCGCACAAGGAAAUGGCUUUAAUGCCGGCCAGGGCGCUCCCGGUGGUUCCGUGGACGACAACAGCCAGACCACCGACCAAGCAGGAACUACGAUCCAGACAGAGGAUGGCGAGACGACCCAAACAGGCAGAGAAGGAGCUGUAAACAACACCAACGGCGCAGGUUCCAGCUAUGGAGAUGCCUCUCAAGCCGGAGCGCCCGAAGGAAUGCAGGCUGAUUCUGGAUCUGGACCACUCCCAUCUGCCACCGUUCCGGAUGUUCCUCUGAAUGCUCCCACAGGACCAAAGGCUAUGCGCCAGGGACUCCCCAAUACCAGCUUCCACUACUUGAAGGCCCGAGGACUUCUACCUGGAGACGCCGGAUCCAAUGGCUCCGUCGUGGCCAGUCCUGUUGACGAGCGUCAUCGAUCUCGCAGUGGAUCUGUACAUGCCUACAAAGAUGAGAAUCGGCGCGAUAGUGAGCAUGGCGCACACACGUACGGAUCAAGUGAUCAGAGGCGGCCUCGCGGCGACGACGACGACAGGCAUGAGGAACCAAGACCUUACCCAGCAAGCAGGAGCCAAAGUCGUGACCGCAGCCACGAGCGCAAGGAGUCUAGGAGACAUCGCCGACAUGGGUCCGAGUCGGCAUCCGAUGGUGGCGAUGACGAUGAUGGCCGCGACGUCGAUGACGAAGACCGGCAUCGUAGCCACCGGAGCAAACGAAGGUCAGCCAGGGAUGAGGAUGACUCCAAGGGACGGUCGCGAGACAAUGCGCACGACGACAGGUCGCGAUCUGCAUCUCCUGAUGACCGUGAACGUGACAGAGACCGGGACAGCCAUCGGGAUCACGAUAGAGAGCGGGACCACAAACGGUCGAGCCACCGCAGCCGCCGUGAUAGGGACGACAGGCGGCGCGAACGGGACCGCGACCGCGACCGGGAUCGGGACCGUGAGAAGGAUAGAGAUCGUGACGGGGAUGACGACCGCCACCGACGUUCUGGCCAUCGGUCCUCGCGCCGUGACCGCGACUAUGACCGCGGAGAUCGUGACAAGGGUCGCGACGACCGGCGGCAUGAGCGGCGAGACCGUGACCGUGAUCGUGACCGUGACCGUGAGCGGGACAGAGAUAGAGACUCUCGUCGUAGCAGCAAGGUCGCGAGCAGUACCCCGCUGACGCCCAUCGAGGGCUCCGAGUUCAACCCGCCCAGCGGGCCAAAACGGCACACGAGUAUCUUCAACAUCAAGGGCAACGCGACCGGUAGUGGCGGCACGUUGAACCACAAGCGCAACAGCGAGUCUGCCUCUCGCUCCGGCGGUGGCACAAAGGGCAGUGGCUCCUCGACGCAGCCGGCCCCAUCUUCCUCGACUGCUGGCAAGGAUAUUCACACUCUCGAGCGCGAGGCCAGAGACCGCGAGCGCCUGCUCAAAGAAGCCCAGCGAAUUGCUGGCAUGGCUGGCUUCGCGGGUUCCAAGCGGGGCCGGGACGACUCGGACGAUCGUGGCAGCGGCAGCCGUCGCAAGAGCCGGCGCAGCGAGGCCGUGAAUGCCGAUGAGGAAGAGUCGCGCAUGAGGCGGCUCGAGGCUGAGCGAGAGAGGGACCGCUGGGACUGAGAUGGUUCUGAUGAUUCCCGGCACUCGAUGCCACCCGGGGGGGGGGGG